AUGUUAUCUCAGAGCUUACUAACAGAUCGCACGGCUCUCCAAGACUUGCCCGUCGGACUCGAGAGGACUUAUGAUAGGAUCCUCGAAUCAAUAGAUGACAGAGAUGUCCCAUACGUGCAACGUACUCUCCACUGGCUACUGGGCUGUGCGCAGCCACUUAGCCUAGCCGAACUCGCCGAAGCCAUUGCAAUUGAUCUAAAAGAUGGUGUGUUUGAUCCGGAUGGUCGCUUGACGAUUGCAGUGGACGCCUUUGACGUUUGUCCAAGCUUGAUCUACAUGGAUGUUGGAAAAGUUACUGUUACUCUUGCACAUCAUUCCAUCAAAGAGUAUCUGUUCUCCGAACGGCUGGCUUCGAAAGAGCUUAAGCUAGCCAGAUUUGCCAUGAACUCAACCAGGUGUGCAGAUUCGAUUGCUGUAUCUCUGUUGAGCGACAGUUUCCAAAUGGGGGUUCAGAUCCACCAGGCUAUGUUCAACGGGGCUCUUUCAGUUGAUCGCUUUCCGCUCAUGGCCUAUGUCAAUCGGAAUGCCUUCUUCGACAGUUGGUCGCUCAUGAUCAAGUGUAGGGGCCCGCCUGCCUCUAUCCCGGCGCUCUACGAAACAGCCAGCGCCGUCCACACGAGCAUGGAUACGUUCGUCCGUCUUCAACUUGCCUGGGAAGAGACAGUCGGAAUCAGCGAUGUCAUUGGCUACUAUAGUCCCUGGCGCAUUUCAACUCCACUUCAGUCAGCCUCGCGCUACGGUUUCCGUCAUGCUAUGCGCUCUUUGCUAGACAACGGAGCAGCUAUUGACGGCCUGCCUAGAUUACAAUACUUUGGAAACCCUCUGCUAAUUUCGGCAUCACCCAGCCACAAACACAUCUUCCAGGAGCUUGUUGAACGAGGGGCGAGUAUUAACGCUCAGUAUAUAGAGGGACUAUACUUUUAUGCCGCUUUCGCAAGUCCAACCCUUGUUCACCGCCUUCUCGAGAAACACUGGGAGAAUCUCGAUCUCGGAGAAGGAAACGUACAGCGGGACAUCGCUGACACCGAUGUCAAUAUCGACGAAUAA